CCCGGUGUAUUGUGGGCGGCGCGGAGUCAGGCAGAGAGACGGACACCUGGAAGCCGGGGACUUGGGGCAGGCCGCGGAGGUGACUUUGGAGAUGGCGGAGGCAGCGCGGCGGCUGGUGCAGCGGGCGGUGACCGGGGCGCCGGCGCUCGCCAGCGCUGCUGUGAAGUACUCAAGGCCUCGUCUAGCUACCUUCUGGAAAUAUGCUCGGGUAGAGCUGAGUCCUCCAACCCCUGGUGAAAUCCCUGUGGCUGUUGAAAGCUUCAAGGGCCUUGUUGCAUCAUUCAAGGCUGGGAGUUACAAACAAGUAACUGUCAAGGAUGCCGUGAGGAAUACACUGGUGGCCACCGAAGUUCUGAUGUGGUUUUACAUCGGUGAGGUCAUUGGCCGGGGAAGCUUGAUUGGAUAUAAUGUCUGAACUCCCUUCUUGACCCAGCAUUCCAUUGUAUAUGAAUGAACAUAACAAUAUUUCAAAAAUAAAUAAACCUAUUAUUAAGACUUGGAA